UUUUCAAUGUACAUCAUGCUACGACGUGAAAGUGUUUGUAGAGCGUCUCUAUAACAACACACUCACUCCAUCAUUGACAACAAACAUUGGUUUCGAUUACCCGCUAGUUCAACAAUGUCCGACUCCGUUAAAAAAAGUGUAAUAUAUAUGUCAGGAUGUCACUUGGGUACAACUUUUCCCGAGGUCGAUUUCGACAAAGACAUUUUAGGACUGACUGAACUGGAACGUUUUUUAGAAGAAGAAAAUUUGUUAAACCUCUACGCAAUUAUCGAAGAAACAGAACUGAAGAAGAAGAUGAAAUUCUUUAACAAGGCAAGCAGUGACAAUACAAGACUGGUCAUAUUCACCAAACAAAAACCUUGCACAAUCAACGAAGACAAUUUACUUAACUCCACCAACGUUCUUUCAAUGUCUGGAUCGCCAACGCUUGCACUAUAUCACUCCUUGAACAACGUUUACUCUCCUCUCUUCAAUAGAGAACAACAACAGAUGCUUCAAAAACACAUCUACAACAUGCAACAAGAUUUGAGAAGUACAAUUUUUGCAAACAACAAAGAUUUCCUGCAAAAUCCCACAAUUAACACGUUAGAUAUAAUCAACACUUUAGAGCAUGAAGUCGACUAUUGGCAUCAAGCCACACUUUCUACUGGAAAACGAGAUAAAUUAACUAAAGUCGCUUGUGCCUCCUUUCGAGACAUCCUAACGCCAAUAUCCCGCGACUUCUGUGUUUUAGAUGCGCUGUCUUUUAUGGAGGCGGAGGAAAUUCUGGAACGAGCACACAACGUCUUGGACGACCUCUGGAGGCACGAGCCUCCUUUUCCAAAAGACAGGAUCAAACAUCUGAUGGAUGUGAUCGCCAGAAACGUUUGUAAAUUCAUCUCCAAACAGAUGGAGAAUGUAAACUUCUGGACUGGCGAUUACAACGAAGUUACUGAAGUUGUCCGGCAAUUGAUAAGCGUGGGAGAGAAAUGGACCACAACUUGUAAACAACUCACCGAGAUUUUUUGGCCUAAUUACUCCUUGAACUUGUGGAGGGAACCAAUUUACAUCCCCAAAGACUUGCUUGAUUACAUAAAAAUUCUGGAAGAAGCAAUCAAUGCCAGAACUGUUCACAAACAAUUGACCAGACUUCUAACACCAGAUGAACAGGAAAGUUUAAAUACCAAGGAGAUGUUCAAACCAUACCAAGAUAUAAACAUGUUCAAAUUUGGGGAACUACCACCAAAUGCUUUACUGAUAGCCCAUAAACAUUUUGAGGUUCAGCUCCAACCCGCUGAAAAACUGGUAGGCAUGAAACUGAAGAAACAACUUUCCACCUUAAAUGCAAACACCAGACAAUUAUUAUAUGAGUUCUCACGUUACAGUGAAAUCAUCACAAGACCAAUUUUAAAACAGACUCUUCUAUCCGAAAGACAGUUUUUGUUAACUUCUUUAUAUGAGUACUUGAGACAGCUUCAAAGCAAGUCUAAUAGUGAACAAUUUUACAAUUUGGCCGGCUCUGAAACGUCCCAAACAGUCAAAGAGAUGAUGCAAGUCAAACAACUAGAAAACCGAAUAAAGGAAGUCGAUAAAGUUUCUAAAAAAAUCUUAGACGACCUUCAAGGAUACGAAAACAUAAACCAACAGGUGACUGAAAUGUUGCAGGACUUGAAAGUGCAGCAAAACGAUUUGUUCCAAAGUUGGGUUGGUGAAGUAAUGACAUUGAUCAAAGACAAAACUUUAAGUUUGAGGGAGUCCGACCCGGUGGUGCAGUUUUCUCAGCAAAAGUACAUGAAAGUAAACUACUCUUCAAGGUUUGUCACUUUGAUAAACGAAGUGCGACAGCUUAGAACGAUGGGGUUUCACAUACCAAGUCGCAUAGAAGAGACUUCGGACCAUGCCAGGAAGUUUAUGAAGCAUGCCCGGAUUUUAGAACAAAUCGCCAACUUCCAUAACACGAUUGGAGAUCGAAUGAUUUCUUCGUUAAAGCCUUUAAUGCUCACGAGUGCAUUGGAGUUGUCCAAAUUGGUGCAAGAACAAGAAGUUGUGUCUUGGGGUGAUGAACUAUCAGUAGAAAAGUAUGUUUCUUAUUUAAAAAAAGCUGUAGAGAAAUUGUCCAAAGAAAACGACCUUCUUACUAUGUAUCAUAAUCAAAUUUUGGAAAAGAUAAACGAAUUGACAGAUGUGGAUUUGAUAAAAGACUACAGUAAAUGGAAGGACAACACAAGAAUUAUUAGAAACAUUGUCAGUCAAGUGGAAGACAAGGGAUUUAAAAACAUGCAGCUGUGGAAAAACGAUUUGGACAAGACUCUGAGUAAAACACUUGAAAGACAAUACCUGAAAAGCCUGGACACAGUUCACUUGUAUUUGCCUGAAAUUUAUGUGGAUUUAGUCUACAGAAAUGGCGAGAUGAUUUUCUCUCCUGAUGAAACCAAUCUCAAGAAGCAGUACGACCAACAGUUGAAGCGAUUUUUGGAGCUGCCAAAGCAUUUUAGAGGCAUCUCUGAUUCUUCUGAUACCACUGUUUACUCAAACAUUAUCGAUAACAAUAAAAACGCUUUGGAAGUUAUUUCUAAGCAUACAGAUGAACUCUUUGCCCAACUUCAAGCUGUUAAAAAUCAUUGGAUGUCAUGGAUCCAGUUAGAAACAUUGGAUACCUCAAAACUGAAAACUUGGCAACAUUGGGAUUUACAUUUUAGAAGUUCCAAAAUAUUUGGUCAAGAGGUUGCAAAACUCCCAAGUAAUGAAGAAAGAAUUGGUUGUAUUAUAGUAGGACUUUCAAGGCUUCGUUCAGACUUAGAAUCACACAACAGAAGCUAUUGGGAUCAACUAGUUUACUCGUUGAAAGAUUCGAUAGCACAAGACGUUGUAAAAAUCCAAAACUUUGUCGAUCCUUCAACAGCUGCUUUAACCAAACAGGCUGUGACUGUUGAAGAAUUAGCCGAUUCGGGUGCUGCCCACGGAUUAAUCCUAAAAGAGUUACCGGAGAUGCAAGAAGUGUUUGAUGAAAUGGUGAAGAAAACGCAGACUCUCUCCAGUUGGAGCAGAGAACAAAUUGAUUCGGUAAACAGGCUGAAAGGCGCUUGGGAAAGAUUGCUGAGCUUAAUAGAUAGUCAUCAUUUAAUCAUUGAAAAGCAAAUGGAAAAUGUUAAGAUGACUUUAGGGGUGGAGUCGGAAAAUUUGAUCAAGGAAUUAGAACAUUUUUCCGCCAAGUGGGAACUCAAUAGGCCGAAGUCUUCAGGUGAUUUUGUAGAUAGUUCCAUUGAUGGAUUAGGCAAACUGAUUGACGAAUUACAAGCUAGAAAAAAUGAAUGGGGUGAAAUUGUAACAAAGAAGGAAAAGUUACUGUCAGGCUACGAGAAAUUUCACAUUGACAAACCUGAAAUACCUUUGUUUGAGAAAAUUGAAGAAGAGUUUGUGAAAGAGGAAAAUAAUUGGUCUGUUUUUGAAGAGUUUUAUAAAGAAUUAACAAGCUUAACAAACGAAUAUUGGAUAGUAUUUAGGAAAAAGAUUUACGUUUUCGAAGAUUUUCUUUCCAAAUGGGAAAAUAAUCUUAAAGAGAAACCAAAUAGUUUUUAUGUAAGAUUAAUACGUAAGGAAGUUGAAAAAUAUAAGGAAAUAUUUCCAUUGUUAAAAUACGUGCGGGGCGAAGACUUCACAGAUAAACAUUGGAUGGACAUCUUCAAUAUUCUUCAAAUUCAACCAAAACCUACAGACCAAAUAAUAUUAAAUGACUUCCUCAAAGCUUCAGAUAACAUAAAAGCUAAUCUAAAACAGCUCCAAGCAAUAUCUAAAAAAGCUGCGAGUGAAAUAGUAGUGCGUCAAGCUUUGGGGGAGUUGGACCAAUGGGAAGUUCAAGCUAAAUUUGUUCUGAACGAACAAACUGAUUCACACAAUAAAACAAUUUUCUUGAUCAAAGAGUUUAAGGAAAUUCUCAGCAAGAUUGGAGACAACCAAAGUCUUCUGCAAUCUGUGAAGAACUCAACCGAUUUCGGAGCAUUUGAAGAAAAAACCGUAAUAUGGGAAAACAAACUGACAGACUUGGAAUAUUUCGUCACUUCUUUGGCCCAAGUCCAAAGAAAAUGGUUGUACCUGGAACCGAUUUUUAGCAGUGGAACCCUAUCGAACGAAAAGCAAAGAUUUGAUCGCAUCGACCGUGACGUCCGCCAUAUACUGACCUUCAUAGAAAAAGAUACGAGAGUUGGUGCUUUGUGCAGGUUGCCCAACUUAAGAUCACUCUUAGAAACUAUCCUGGAACAGCUGGGCAGAUGUCAGACAAGUCUCAAUAAAUUCCUAGCUGAGAAACGCGACAAAUUUCCUCGCUUUUAUUUCCUGAGCGACGAGGAUUUACUUGAGGUGGUGGGCCAGAGCUCCAAGGAGCACGUCAUCCAAACGCAUUUAAAAAAACUAUUCGCUGGUGUCAACACAAUCCAAUUGGUGGACGAUAAAAUAACUGGCUUGUGUUCAGCAGAAGGAGAAAUUGUGAAAUUGUCUACUCCCAUUCAGAUUGACAGGCACUGUGUGGAGGAGUGGUUGGAGAAACUGGUGAAACAGAUGCAGCUUACGUUGAAGGAGCUUCUCGUGCAAUGUCAAAAUGAGAAGGAGGCUCCAGAUCCUUUGAAAUAUCCUUCUCAGAUUUUAUGUCUCAGCGAUUCCAUUACCUUUACUUUAAAAUGUGAACAAGCAAUAACGUCCAUGACACUGCCUUCAUUGCUGAACAAAUACAAAACGCAGCUUAACCAUUACAGUUCCUUAGAAUUGAAUGGAGGUGAAGAUAAAUCGUUUGCAUCCAUUAGCGUGGUGGAUGAUGACAAUAAAACUUUACUAGAAACUAAACUGAAAGCGUUGCUUUUGGACACAAUCCACCACAUACACAUGUUGGAAGAUCUAAUCGACGCAAGGACCACAAGAGUUAGCGAUUGGACCUGGCAAAAACAACUCCGAUAUUAUUCAAAUUCCAUGGGGGAAGUCACCGUAAAAAUGGCAAAUGCAAGAAUGGAAUAUUCUUAUGAAUAUCUUGGAAACGUUGCGAAAUUAGUUAGAACUCCUUUGACAGAUAGAUGUUUUCUCACUUUAACCCAAGGAAUGUAUUUAGGAAUGGGUGGGAAUCCUUACGGCCCCGCUGGAACUGGUAAAACAGAAUCAGUAAAAGCUUUGGGACAACUUCUGGGCCGCCAAGUGUUGGUGUUCAAUUGCGAUGAAGGAAUUGAUGCCUCUUCAAUGGGACGGAUAAUCUCCGGAUUGGUGAGAAGCGGUGCUUGGGGAUGUUUCGACGAGUUCAACAGAUUAGAAGAGGCCACUCUAUCCGCUGUAUCAAUGUUAAUCCAACCCGUACAAAUAGCAUUGAGAAACAACCUACCUAAAAUAACGCUCCUCAAUCAGGAGGUCAUUGUAAACCGUCAUUGUGGUAUAUUUGUCACACUAAAUCCUGCUGGAGGAAACUAUGGAGGAAGGAACAAGCUUCCUGACAACUUAAAGCAACUCUUUAGACCUGUCGUUAUGACCCAUCCAGAUCAUGAAGAAAUUGCACGAUCUCUUCUCCAUUGCGACGGUUACCAGCACGCCCACGUUUUGGCAACAAAGAUUGUGGAAGUCUUUGAUCUAUCCAGCAAAUUGUUGAGUCAACAACAACACUAUGAUUGGGGAUUGAGAGCAAUUAGAACAAUUCUCAUCGGAUGUGGAAGAAGUUUGAAGCGUUAUAAAAUGAAGUCGGAAAUUGUAGACAACCUUGGUUUGGAUGUUGAGCAGAAGGUGGUAGUGGAGGUCUUGCGAAUGAAUACUUUGUCUAAAUUAACCUUCAGUGAUAGUGUUAAGUUCGAUGGCAUCAUUAAAGAUACUUUUAAAGACGUGGAAUUAAACAUGCAAUAUGGGAAUGAGGUUUUGGUCAAGGCUUUGGAAGAGUGUUUCGUUGAAUUAGGUUUGGAGGUUAAUAAAAGACAGAUUAAUAAGUGUUUGGAGUUUUAUGAGCAGUUGAAGCAACGAAUGGGAGUGGCAAUUGUUGGUCCUCCGAGCUGUGGCAAAUCCACUAUAAAAAAACUGUUGUUCCGUGCACUACUUAAAAUGAAAAAGUCUCUAAAAGAAUACGUGUUCAAUCCGAAGAGUAUGAAGAGAACGCAGCUUUUGGGAUAUAUGGACCCUGACACUAAACAAUGGAAUGAUGGUGUUUUGACCAAUUACAGUCUUCAAGCUUCCUCCAACUCACAAGAUAUUUGGUCAUGGAUUGCAUGUGAUGGCGACAUUGACCCAGACUGGAUCGAGUCUUUGAAUUCAGUUUUGGAUGAUAAUCGACUAUUGACCUUGCCGUCUGGUUGGAGGAUUCAGUUUGGCCAAAAUGUUAAUUUCAUUUUCGAAACGCAUAAUCUUAAAUGGGCCUCACCUGCUACCAUUUCUAGAAUGGGCAUUGUAUUUUUAAGCGAAGAAGACUUGGAAGUUGGACUGGUACUCAAAAAAUAUGUCAGUGAAUUAUCAGAAGAUGAUAAACCUAUUUUAGAACCGUUGAUUCAAGAUUAUUUUGAGAAAGCCAUUAAUUUUAUUGUGAACGAAUGUGAGAUAACAGUACCAUGUUCUAAAAUUGCUUUGGUGGAAACUGGUUUGUCAUUCAUAAAAGAAGUAAAAAACAAAAUACAAUUCUCAAUAGCACUAGUGAAUGGUUUAGGACAACAUUUAGAGUUUGACUUCAGGGAAAUAUUUGCAAAACAAAUAUUUGAAUGGAUGCGAGAACCAGAACCACCAAUGCUUUUAAGAUGUUACUACAACACUUCAAGAGACAUGAUGGAUACUUAUGUCACAAAUCCAAAUGCGAAUUUAGAAGAUGUUUCCAAUGGUAUACCUCUUGUUCUCACUGGUCAAGUAUCGCAAACUCUAGAUUGUUUAAGAACUUGGUUGAAGGAAGGAAAUGAGCAACAUUUUUUGAUGGUUGGAAAUCAUGGAUCUGCCAAAACGUUAAUUUUAAACUAUUUGGUUCAAGAGAGAUCAAAUUUGGAAUUACUUACAUUUCACUGCGGAUCAAAUCUAACCCCAUAUUAUGUCAUCAGUAAACUUUCACAAUUGUGCCUUUCAAUCAAUACUCACAAAGGUAAAGUUUUGAAACCAAAGAAAGGCUUCAUGGUUUUGUACUUGAAGAACCUUCAUCUACUGAAGCAUGAUAAAUGGGAAACCAAUAUGAUGAUUGAAUUUCUGAAUCAAAUUAUCGUUUACAAAGGAUUUUUUGACACAAAUAUUGAAUUUAUAAGACUCGAAAAUGUGGUUAUAGUUGGAAGCAUGGAGGAAACAAACACUUUGUCCUUAAGAUUCACUUCUAAUUUGCAUUAUUAUAAUAUCGACCUGCCACAACAGGAUGACUUUACUAUCAUUUUAACUGCUUAUCUCAUGGCAUUGCUGAAGAAUGUUUUUUCUGGUGGUGCUUGGCCCAGAACCAAAGUUACAAAACUUAGUUUAACUUUAAUUGAAAUUUAUAACAAAAUAUCAAAAACUUUUUCAUCCGUUCAAUACAAGCAUUAUAUCUUCAGCUCUCACGACAUGAUUAAAUGGAGCAGCAGCAUUCUCAGACAUAAUCUCUCAGGAAGUGCAGAUGCUGAAACUUCUCUUUUAGAGGUUAUAUCCUACGAAGCACUUCAUUUGUUCGGAGACAGAUUGAUACACCAAGAAGAUGUAGAAAAACUCUCUAUUAUAAUAAAUGAAAUAAUAAAUAUGCACUGGGGCAAAACCAACGUAUUGGUUAAUGUUUCUAAGUACUUCUUUGUACCAAGUCCCCAAGUUUCUAAUAUUUAUACCACUUUGUCUUUAAACAAACUGGAAUCAGAUGACUGGCUCAAAAUGGUCGAACAAGGAAUCAUUCAAUGCGAACGAGAGGGUUUAAUAAUGGACGUGUCAAUCAAUCAAGAACUAUUAGAUUUAACAGCAGCUGUUUUCAAAAAUUGCUCGUGUUUGGGCGAAAACAUCUUAAUGAUAGGAAAAUCUGGAACUGGCAGAAGAAGCGCUUUAAAAAUCGCAGCAGCUCUUUUAUCUGCCAAACUGUUGGUUCCAGCUUCAGAGCAACGAAUCCAACUAAACAUGGACUUAAAAAUGGCCAUUCAAUUAGCAGGAUUAGAUGGAGAGCAAGUUUUAUUAGUAAUUAAUGAUUACAUAUUUGAGGACCGAAAUAAUGUUAAUAUUAUUGGCAUGUUAAUGGCUUCUGGGGAAGUUCCUGGACUUUACACAUCUGUGGAGAUUGACUCAUUGGUCAAGAACUUGAAGGAUGAAGCUGAAAGAUUUAACUUCGAAGGAAAUUUAUUUGAGUUCUUUGUGAAACGUGUAAGAUCAAAUUUGCACAUCGCAGUUUGCUUGGAUGAACACAACAAAAAUCUAUGGCAAAUUAUUGAAAACUGUCCCAUUUUCGUUCAAAACAGUUCGGUUAUCUGGAUCAAUGAAUGGACUAUCGAGUCUAUAAACCAACUCCCCCAACUGAUCAUUCAAAAGUCAAAUCAAGAGAAAGAAGAAGGAUCAAUAGAGACAAAGUUAAGUACAGAUUUUCUAAAGAUUUAUAAAAACGUAAGUUCUAUUAUGUCUGAACCAUCAAGAUUUGUGUCCAUGAUAAAACUAUACAUUCAAAUAUAUCAAGAACAUGUUUCUAAAAUAACAUCAAAACAAAACAAACUGAAGGCUGGAAUUACAAAACUGAACGAUGCAAAACAACUAGUCAACGAGUUGAAAUUAAAGGCAGACGUGCAACAAAAAAAACUGGCAGAGAAAAAAUCAAAAGCUAAUUCCGCUUUGGACAUGAUUAGUAACACCAUGAAGAACGCCAACAGCAAAAAAGAAGUUAUGGAAAAUCUCAAACAGAAAACUGAGGAGGAGAACAUACAGUUGGUACGCCGAAAGAAAGAAAUCGAACAAGAAUUGGCGGAGGUUGAACCUUUAGUGCAAGAAGCUAGAUCGGCAGUUGGCAACAUUAAAUCUGAAUCCUUAUCAGAGAUCCGAUCGAUGCGUGCUCCCCCAGAUGUAAUCAGAGACAUUCUAGAAGGGGUCUUAAGGCUGAUGGGUAUUCAGGACACGUCCUGGAACAGCAUGAAGACUUUCUUGGCGAAAAGAGGAGUAAAGGAAGAAAUACGGUCGUUUGACGCCAGUAGAAUAACUACCGAAAACCGAAUUGCAGUUGAAAAACUAAUGUCAAACAAGAGCGAAUCGUUUAAUGAUAAGGUUGCAAAGAGGGCCUCUUUAGCAGCAGCUCCUCUAGCUGGUUGGGUGAAGGCCAACGUUCAAUACUCACAUGUUGCGGAUAAAAUCCGACCUUUAGAAAGGGAACAACAUAAACUUCAAAAGAAUUUAAACGAAGCUGAAAUGCAACUUGAAGAAUUGAGUUCAGGGUUGUCUAAUGUGGAUGCAGCAGUUGCAAAGUUGAAAGAGCAACUCUCAGCUUAUACUAAAGAGGCUGCUGAAAUUGAAAUAGACUUAAAUCAGGCUCAAGAAACUUUAAACGCUGCGGAAGGACUAGUUUCCAAACUCAAUGACGAGUAUGAACGAUGGCAAAUACAACACAAGGAACUUUCAGAACAAUUCGACAAUUUACCAAGAAACUGUUUACUUGCAUCAGCUUUUAUUAUUUACUUAGCUAAAGAGACUGAACACGAAAGAGAGCGACAUUUAAAUAACUGGGUGUCAGAUAUUGGAUUAACAGAAUUUGAAUUUGAGAAUUUUUUAUCGACUGAAAGGGAACAUUUACAAUGGCAAAGUGAAGGUUUGCCUUCUGAUAAACUAUCAAUACAAAAUGCCAUCAGCAUUCUUAAGUCCACACUGGUUCCAUUAAUUGUUGAUCCUUCUUCGACAGCCAUAAACUGGCUGAAGCAACACGUAAAUCAAAAGAAUAUUGAAUAUUUAACUUACAAUUCUCCAAAGUUUAACACCAAUUUAGAACUUGCGAUUAGAUUUGGAAAAACAUUGAUCAUUGAAGAAGUUGAUGGAAUACCUUCAGUUUUAUACCCAAUUUUCAGAAGAGAAUACUCUCAACAAGGAGAACGAAAAUUAAUCAGUCUCAAUGGCAAAACAAUUGACUACAAUCCCAAUUUUAAUUUAAUAUUGUGCAGUAGAAAUGAGCAGCUUCAAUUGCCAGCUGAUGUUCUACCACUAAUUAACAUGUUCAACUUUACUGUCACAACUGACGGUUUAACAGAUCAACUGUUGUUCGCUGCAAUAAAACAAGAAAACCCAGACUUGGAAAACAGACGCAAAACUUUGCUCAGCGAAAGAGAAUCUCUUCAAGACAAACAGGAGCAUUAUCAAAACCAACUACUUGAAGAUCUGGCAAACUCUUCCGGUGACAUUUUACAAAAUAAAAGUCUAAUCAAAUCACUUAACGAAACUAAAGCCAGUUCAAGCGCCAUAACGCAAGCUUUAACUGAAUCGAUGGAGUUGCAGAAGAAACUACAAAAAGAAUAUAACGCUUACAUGGACAUAUCUGUAUUUGGAAGCAAACUUUACUUCAGUUGCAAUGAGUUUUCCAAAAGCAAUGUUCUAUAUCUUAUUUCCGUAUCGGCUUUCACCAGGUUGUUCCUAAAAUCAUUGGAGACUUCUCAAGUCAUCGAAAGAACUAUUGAGUCUCAAACUAGAAACUUGUUGCUUGUUGUUUAUAAUUACAUGGCCAGAGGAAUUUUUAAGCAAGACAGGCUCAAGUUUCUAUUGCAUUUGGCUCAUAAGUUGUACCCUAAAAGUAUACCCAAAAAUGAAUGGGACGCUUAUUUGGGCAACAGAUCUAACACCAAGCAAAACCAAGAUGAAAUACCACCAUGGGUACCAAAACAAACAUCACUGAAUGUUCUAAACUUGAUGGAGCUGCCAGAUUUCUACAACUCCCUAAAACUCACCGAGGGUCAUUUGUGGAAAGAAUUUAUGAGCACCACAGACUCCAGAUUUCCCAGUCACGUCACUCUAACUGACUUUCAAAAGAUUUUAGUGACUCAAGCUUUGAGACCUGAUAGAUUGUACUCCACAAUGACUUCUUGUGUUUUAAGUAUUACUGGUUUAAAGAGUCUUGAUCCUCCCAACUUUGAACUGUCCAUCAUAUUAAGAGAAUCAAUCCCUGUGGAGCCGAUACUAGUGCUAUCAAUGCCUGGCACCGAUCCUUCGACCGAAAUUAAAGAUUUAGCACAAUACACAAUUGGAAACGAUAAUUAUGUAGAAAUAGCAAUGGGCGAAGGUUUAGAAGACAACGCCCUCCAAGCGCUCCAACAAACCACCCAAUCUGGCCAAUGGCUGAUCCUUAAAAACAUUCACUUAGCCACCAGCUGGCUACCAAUACUUUGUCAAACCUUGAAGGUCAUCGAAAAGCACGAAAACUUCAGACUUUGGUUGAUAUCUGAGGCCACGAACAAGAUCAGUUCAGUUCUGACCCAAAACAGCUUGAAAAUUGUAUACGAAGCCCCGCAAGGCAUAAAAAAUAAUAUUCAACGAUCUAUAGCGUCUUUCGGAAACAAAUACUUCGAAGUAUUGAACGCUACAGCUGCCAGAAUACUGUUUGUAAUCUGUUGUGUGCACGCGUUGUUGCAGGAAAGACGUAAGUACAUACCUCAAGGAUGGUCCAAGUACUACGAGUUUAGCGAUACAGAUUUGUCGACUUGCGUGAAAUUGGUGGAGGACUUAUGGCAGAGUCCCUCGCCGCAGAUUCAGUGGAAGUAUAUUUCGGGGUUGUGUGCUGAAACUGUGUACGGUGGUAGGAUUGAAAAACAGGAUGAUAUGAAGAUUCUGUUUGCAUACGUUAAUCAGUAUUUUGUUGAUGAGGUUCUUAGCCAUCGUUGGAAGCCUUUUGGUAUCUUAAAUGUGCCCAAUUCUCCAAGCUACAAGGAUUAUAUGAAUACAAUUCUUCAGUUACCAAUGAGAGAUGUUCCUUCCUAUUUUGGAUUAGCGGAAAACAUUGACAGAGCUUGGGAGAGUCAAAACUCUUCUAUUGUAAUUAAACAACUGAAAGAUUUGUACAUUCACAAGCAGUCAUUGAUGAAUUUUGACCGAGAAAUUUUCCACAAAGGACUUGCACCCUUCAUGUCACUUUGGAAAAAGUUGAAUCAAGGACAUGAUUUUAUAAGAAUUACAAUCCCACCCGAAUCCAAGAAAAGCUCUGCUUUAGAUAGUUUCAUUUUUGAGGAGUACUCAAAAGCAUUAAGUUUUGUGCAAGUAAUUCACAAGUCUUUUGCCAAUCUAAACAAAAUUUGUAAGGGCGUAAUGGUACCUAGUGUACAAGAUAUUGCUGUAGGCUCUUCUUUAUUGAAUUACGAAACACCAGAACAAUGGUUGAACUUUUGGUCAGGUCCUAAGGAACCUUUACAAUUUCUGCGAACUGUGAUAAGAAAUCUGAUCUUUUUGUCAAGCAUUAAAGACCAAGUUUCCUCUAAGAUGUUACAAAAUCCUAUAAAUUUGUCCUUGUUCUUCAACCCCAAAGGUUUUCUGGCAUCCCACAAGCAAGAUGUAUCUAGGAUGAAUAACAUAGCGAUUGACCAACUUCAUCUACAGACAAACUGGCGGAAGGCUGAAGCUGAAGGUAUAACCUUAAGUGACUUGUUGGUUGAAGGUGCCUUGUUUGAAGCAGCAUCUUUGAAACCGUGUUCGUCUAUUUCUGAGAAUAUUAAUCUUGCACCACAAUGUUAUUUAAAUUGGAAACCAAAAGUAAAAGACGAUGACAAAUAUUUGUCAGUGCCUCUGUAUUCUAGAUCUGACAGAGAAAAUCUUAUCAUUCACUUAAACAUCUAUGAUGAAAGUAGUGACAAAGAAAAGUGGAUUUUGUGUAAUCUCUCUUUCUUCUUAGAAUGUUAGAAUAGUAAAUAAAGUAUGUUUCA